UGGAGACCUUCUCGGCUUCGUAAAUCCUCUCUCUCUCUCUCUCUUUCUCACACACACAGAGACUUACUUUUCUGCUCUACCCUCCCAGUUUUCUUUUUCACCUCCAUUAUUACGAAGAAGGCUUUGUCUCACACCGCAGCAGUAGUCCCCUCUCCUCUUCCACUUCGCCUUCUCUGCGGCAUUCUCAGGUCACAUGGCUUCUUCGCUCUCAGGUUUUGUGCUUGACCCUGCAAAGUGUAGUCAGUUGAGCAUGAAAGAAAAAAGAGAUCUUGUUCAUCAAAUUGCCCAGCAGUCCAAUUCCAAGGAUGCCUCAGAGAUCCUCAGCUCAUUUACUCGGAGGGAGCUUCUUGAAAUCAUAUGUGCCGAAAUGGGAAAGGAGAGAAAGUACACUGGAUUCACAAAGUUCCAAAUGAUUGAGCAUCUAAUGAAAUUGGUCUCUCUAAAAUCAAAUGGGAGCAAUACUGAUAUUCCCAUUGCUCCCACUAUCUCCCCUGGAAACCCAAAACCAGGAGCCAAAAGGCAGAGGAACGAGGAUAAUCCUGUCCCUAAGGUCUGUGGCAAUGUUGCUUGCAAGGCCACCUUAAGCCAAGAGGACACAUUUUGCAGGAGAUGUUCCUGCUGCAUAUGCCGAAAUUAUGAUGACAAUAAGGAUCCGAGUCUGUGGUUGACUUGUGGGUCUGAACCGCCUGAUGAAGUCAACUCCUGUGGAAUAUCUUGCCAUCUCAAAUGUGCUCUCAGUCACGCGCGGUCUGGCAUCGCAAAAAGUGCUGGUAGAAAAUUGGACGGAGGCUUGUAUUGCGUAUCUUGUGGCAAAGUCAAUGGCUUGAUGGGGCUGUGGAGAAAACAGGUGUUGGUUGCGAAAGAAGCCAGAAGAGUUGAUGAGCUGUGUCUUCGUAUCUCCCUUGCUGAAAAGAUUCUCAAAGGAACCGAAAGAUUUAAGGACUUACAAAAGACUGUGAAAGCUGCAUCUAAACUACUAAAGGAUGAAAUCGGGCCAGUUGAAUUGGCAGGCACGAGGAUGGUCCGAGGUCUUGUCAAUCGGCUCUCCUGUGGGGCUGAGGUGCAGAAGUUAUGUUCUUCUGCUUUGGAAUCUUUUGACUCUACAUUUUCUGGGCCACCUCAGGCUGAUACUGUUGAAAAGGAGCCACCAACUUGCAGGAUCCACUUUGAAGAACUGUCUUCAACCUCAGUUGUUAUUGUGCUCGAAUAUGAAGAAUCCCUAUUUAGGAACUUCUUGGGCUGCAGGCUCUGGCAUCGUGAAUAUGCUGCCAAGGACUACUCGGAGACCCCCACUUUCAUAGUUCUAAGGCCUGAGAAAAGAUUCAAGAUCACAGGUCUUCUCCCUUUGACUGAGUACUUCUGCAAAGUCUUGAUAUUUAGCAACUCCUCUGUAUUAGGUGUUUGGGAAGCCAAAUGGGCAACUCUCGUAUCACCGAAAUUCACCUCUUUUAAGAGCUUAGCUGAAAACCGGCCGAACCAUAUUCAUUGCCACAUGGAAUCUUCCAAUUCCAGCGAAAUCAAAUUCGCCCCCAAACAGCUCUAUUCACCAGCUCAAAAUAAUAUUUGCCCAAUAUCAUUCUUCCCAACAACUCCAAACAAGCCCAAUGAAGAAAAGCACGAGAUCCCUGGCUUUGGGUGUAGGAGGCGGACCCAAGAGACUGAAUAUGACUUCUCUGUUCGGGCAGUCAAGUGGUUGGAGCAGAGAGGGGACAUUGAUGCGGACUUCAGGGUGAAGUUUCUCACUUGGUUCAGCCUCAAGGCGACGAAGCAGGAGAGGAAGGUUGUCAGCGUUUUUGUUGACACUCUGAUUGAUGACCCGGAGAGCUUGGCAGGGCAACUCAUCCACUCAUUCACGGACGAGAUAUGCUCUUAUCGGGAUCGGGUCUCUCGGCAUGGAGAAAACUUCCGGUGAUCCUUUCUUGCCGCGUGACAUAGGUGGAGGCAUGAAAGGCCAACGGUCUAUAAUCUCACUUGGAAAUUUUAGAAUCUGACAAGUUUACUCUCUUGUCGUCAUGACAAAUGAUCAUUCAGAAACAUUCUUCCUUCAACAUAGGAUAUGCUGAUGUUCCGGCAUUAGGCAAUGGCUGGCUAAUCUAUUUGAAUUCAAAGAAAUUUGAUUUUUGUGGCGUGCCAUCGCACGAGUAGGAAACUCAAGUCUCUCUCUUUCAACUUCAUGGAUUGCCUUCUUUACUUGCGACCGA